AUGGCGUCGGUGGCGGGCUCGACAGAUCACCCGCCCGCCGCACACGGCCACUGCUUCGGCAAGAAAACCUUUCACAAGCCCACCUAUUGCCACCACUGCGGCGACAUGCUAUGGGGCCUCAGACAACAGGGCUUCACCUGCGAAGGUAACUACAACCCAACUCCUCCAUCCUCCGCGGCGACCUUACAAAUAGGUCACACCACCCUCUUCAUCCUAAACAAUCCAUCCUUCCUUUCUUUUAAUUAA